UUAGAUCCUGUUUCUAAUUCUCUGCAAAGCGGAAACAGUUGGAUGAGUUUGCAGAAGAAAAUAUUACUGAUAACAACCAGAUUUUGAGUCUCUGAGAAGACAAUGGCUACUGGAGGAUAUUAUGAAAAACCACAGGAUACGGAAAAACUCUUACAGUGUCCUGUCUGUUUAGAAAUUUUCGAAAAUCCCAUCUCUAUUCCAUGCGGACACACUUUCUGCAAUGAUUGCUUGAGCUCUGUUGAAAAUCAUUCUGGAUCAUCUACAUGUCCUGUUUGUCGGGAUGAUUUCAACUUGAAUAUGAAAAGGAGAGCACGAGACAUUGAACGGCAGAUCCGUCACAGCAUGGGAACCUGUUCUGGUUGUAACAGACAGUUUCCUAUGUCUAGAUUGAGAGAGCACAGAUCAUCUUGUGAGACUGUUUCUCCUUUAUCUUUUUCUCCAGUUGCUCCUACCUCACAACCAAGGCCAGAGCUAAAAAAUCGAUCAACAUUCAGUUGUCCCUAUUGCCUACAAAGUAACUUGGACAGUAAAGGAAUGCUACAGCAUGUGAACAGUCGUCACAAGAAUGAGAGGCAAUCUGUGGUUUGUCCAAUCUGUGCCAGCAUGCCAUGGGGGAAUCCCAUUCAGAAGAGUGGUGAUUUCAUUCAACAUCUUAAUUUGCGACACAAGUUUGAAUAUGAUACAUAUGUGGAUUUUAACAAUGAUGAAGAUGCAAUUCUACAGCAAGUUCUGGCUCAAUCAGUUCAAGACAGAUGAUAACUUAAAUGAUGGUUUUCUUUUACAAGUUCUAACUUUCAAUGGUGCCCUCAUCACCCAAUAUUUUUUUCAAUCAAGGCAUUAAUAUGGACUCUCGGAGACCUACAGGACGGUGUACCUCACAAUAUUUUUAAAAUCUUAGAGUACCAUUUGAUUCAGAUUGUGCACUGUGAUCAUCCAGGUGAGUGUAACGAGUAGUCCUCAGAAGGACUAGAACUUCUGGGACAAGAAGGAAGAGUCAACUCUUAUGACAGCUCCUGUAAGGUUAUUAAAAUGUUAGUAGGGACCUUGAGUGGUCAGGACGGCAAUGCCAAGGAGGACAUUGAUUAAAAAAAAUGAAAUUCUA